CAGUCUGUCAUCUCACAUCACUAUCACAUAUGUCUGGGGUCGGCCAAAAUUUUUGAUAGUUAAAAUAAAAUUGUAUUUAAAUAACAAAUCCAUAAAACAGGGUACUCGAUAAAUCUGGGGUUUAUUGAAGAUAUAAUCAAGAAAAUGAGCAAGCUCAUCCCUUCCUUCGCUAAGCUCCUUAGCGGAACUUCGAUUACGAAUGCGGCCGGCCCAGUUGCAAUCACUUCGAACGCAAAAUACAGUACAAAAUCGGAAUCAACAUUCGAAAUUAAACCUUAUAAACUCCACAAAUUGGAUAAAGGUCCUGCUCAAUCAGCCACACUUACAGCCGAAGAUGCACUCAAAAUGUAUGAAAAAUUGGCAGCACUUAGAAGAAUUGAAACAGCAUCAGGAAAUUUAUAUAAGGAAAAGAUUAUUCGUGGUUUCUGUCAUUUGUAUUCAGGUCAGGAAGCUGUUGCAGUUGGAAUGCGUGCAGCAAUGCGUGAUGUUGAUUCUGUUAUCACUGCAUAUCGUUGUCAUGGAUGGACUCACUUAAUGGGCGUUAGUAUAGUCGGUGUUCUGUCAGAAUUAACCGGAAGAAGAACUGGAUGCUCGCGAGGCAAGGGUGGUUCUAUGCAUUUGUACGGACGAAACUUCUAUGGAGGCAAUGGCAUCGUUGGAGCUCAGGUGCCACUGGGCGCAGGCUUGGCGUUCGCCCACAAGUACCGCGGCGACGGCGGCGUGAGCUUCGCGCUGUACGGCGACGGCGCCGCCAACCAGGGACAGCUGUUCGAGGCCUACAACAUGGCCAAGCUGUGGGACCUGCCAUGUGUGUUUGUCUGCGAGAACAAUGGUUACGGUAUGGGCACGAGCGUGGACCGGUCGUCCGCCAGUUCCGACUACUACAGCCGAGGAGACUACAUUCCCGGUAUCUGGGUAGACGGCAUGGACGUAAUCGCGACCAGGGAGGCGACCCGGUUCGCAAUCGAUUAUUGCACUAGUGGGAAAGGACCACUCGUGAUGGAGAUGGAGACUUAUCGGUACUCCGGACACUCGAUGUCGGACCCCGGCACGUCGUACCGGACGCGCGACGAGGUGCAGGAAGUGCGACAGACCCGCGACCCCAUCACCUCCUUCAAGGAGAAGAUCCUCACCAGCGAACUCGUUACUCCGGACCAGCUCAAGGAAAUAGAUACACAAGUUCGUAAAGAAGUCGACGAAGCUACAAAACAAGCUAAAUCUGAACCGGAAGUGGGCGUGGAAGAGCUGACCGGAGACAUCUACUACAAUAACCUGGAACCAUAUAUUCGCGGAAUUCAUCCGAACGCGCCGUUGCAGCACGUCGAAGUUGUGGCGCGCAACUAAAGUUAUAUCUACCAUUAUUCCGCUGCUAAAAAUUAAAUCAUAUUGUUUUUUAAAUGUAUAUAUUAAAAAAAAUCAUAUUGUUUUGUAAAUGUAUAAAAUAAAAAUUAUUGUAAUAAUUCAUUUUUUUAAAUGAAUUGAAUACAAGUAUGUCGCCAUAUUGGAUAACUGUUAUAGCGGAAUAAUAAAUAUUUCUAUUUUUUGGAUAUAGAUCUUAUAGCAAUCUUAGUUUAAAAUUACCAACAACAUUAAAAUAGACAAAGUUAGGAUAAUUAAAAAUGUAUCUAUUGUUUAAUUCAUUUUGCGUCUGUGUUUUCGAAAUCCUUUUUUUUAUUCGUUGUUUAUUUUUUUUUCAUAUUGAAACUGCCACUAUAUAAGUUGUCAAAACUAUACGCACGUUAUUGCAAUUUUGUUCUAUGUUUAAGGGUAAUAAAUAUUUAUUAAAAUAUAUUAAAA